GGAAGUAGCGAUGUUUCGCGCAUGCGUGGUACCAUCUGGGUUAUCGAGACGACCUUAACAUGCCCGCACUACUUAUGAAGAACGCAUCCAAAUCUCCAACGAUGUGGUUCUGCGGUUUGGUUCUGCUCCUCGUUCUGGUCGGUUCGCCUGUUUCCGGAACAUCAAAUCCGAUCACUGCUGAACCUGGAGACGACGUCACUCUGAGAUGUGAAGAUCCAAACAUUGACCAGAAACCAGUUUUUGAGUGGACCAGAACUGACCUGCAGGAGAAAGAAAAUGUGUUCUUUUACAGAGAUAACCGUCCUUAUCUUGAUGAUCAGCAUGAAUCUUUCAAGAACCGAGUGUCUCUGAAGAACAGUCAGAUGAAGGAUGGAGAUCUGUCUGUGGUUCUGAAGAACGUGACCGUUAAUGACACUGGAACAUACCAGUGUAGAGUCUUAAAGGGAUUAUCUGCUGAUCAAAAUACUCCCAUCUCCACCAUCCUCCUGUCGGUGUCUCCUCCAGGAGAGGAAGGUGGAGGAGGAAAUGAAGGAGGCAAAGAUGAACAGGGAGGAGGAGGAGAUAAAGAUCAAGUCAAUUGGAGUCUUCUUGGUCUGAUUGUUCUGCCAGUUCUGGUUCUUGCUCUGGGUCUUGUUCUCGUUGGUCUCUGGAUCUACAGGAAGAAAAAAGGUUCAAAUCAAAGUUCCAGAGGUUCCAACGACCAGAAAAAUCCUGAAUGUGGUCUUCUGAACUCAGAUUCUAAAGCAGGGAGAAACGCAACAAACAUUUAACCUGUGGUCGGAAGGUCUCUCCUGUUCCUGAUCUGGAUCUUCUCUGCAGGUCAAAGACUGAAACAUUUCCAAGUAAAAGUCCAAAGAGUCCAAAGUUUCUUCUAAGAACCUCUAUACUCUCAUGGAAUAAUUGUUACAGAAGUUGAAAGUUUCUCCUCCGAGUAACGCUGGAUGUUCCUGAAAGUGGAGAUCAGCUGCAGAGAAGAUGAACUUCUUCCUGUUUCCUGUCAGCUGCAUCUGUUGGUGUUUCAGAUCAGAUGUUUGUGUUCCACAGCGUUGAUCUGCUGGUUCAUUUGAUGGUUUGGUUUGACCGUCAACAUUCCAGCAUUUCAACAUGGCCGCCUUGUUGCUAAGCAGCUGUUGUGAAUGUGCUAGCUCGCUAACGUUAAGGGUUCUUCAUGUCAGCAGAUUGGACCAGACUGGAUCAGAAAAACUGUUUCUGUUCAAAUAUUUAUGGAUUAAUGAAACGUUCUCAGCAGGGUUUUGGUUACAUUUAGAUCUGGGCGAUGAAACAAUAACGAUAGAAAUCGCGAUAUAAUUAUUCCUCAAUAGAGAAAUGAGUCUACUGCGAUAGACUUUUAUUUUGAAAAUGGACUCUCUCCAGUAGCAGCGUUUUCUUCUCUUUGAGUUAAAGUUAGAGAGUAAAUGUUUGUAUCUAAUUAUUUAUGUUUAUUAUACCUUUGGUCAAAGGAAAACUACAAAGAUGGUGUGAUAAGCCCCGCCCCUUUCCCUCAUGAGAGCUCUCCAGACAUGAAACAUAACAACAAUCGUCCAAAUCUUGAUGUUUUCAGGCUGUUUUUAUCAUUUCAUAUAAAUGUAACGACAUGGAGACAGAAUUAACAAAUCUCCAGUAAAUCUAUUUUUCAAUAUUUGAGUUUAAAUUCACAGUUAGACGACAGAGAAGUUCAUAAUAAAGUUACAAACCUAAAGUAUUUCUGUGUAUAAUUUAAUGUUCUGUAAAGCCUGAAAACAUUAGAAUUAAUACUUUGUUUCUAAUGAAUUGAACAGUUUAUUGGUCAAUUUUAUGUUUUCUAACUUGAAACCUUUAGUAUUCAUUUUAUUUUGAAAACUAGUUCCAUCAUUUUCAGAGCUUCUGUUAUGUUGAACGUUUGACAGGAAACAAGUAUUUAAAUCUGAACAAGCUGAUCAUUUAUAUCUGAGUCCAGAUGUAACAUCUGUAGUUAUUUAGUUGAUAUCAUGAUAAAUAUUGUUAUCUCGAUAUGAAAAUCACUAUAUGGAGAUGUAAAAUUCCAUAUCUUCCAGCCUCACUUUGGUGUCUCGGUGGGCCUUAAACUGUUCAUCCAAACAUGUUUCCUUCAGAACCUCCAGCCGGGUCAGCCGGACCCUAAAUGACCUUUAGGUCUCUAGCCGGGAUGAUCAUCUAAAGUCUGCUAGCUACACGUUUCUAGAGUUUCAAAGUAAAACAGUUCUUCACUUUA